UUAGACUUAUCAUUUCCGUUAUGUGCCUGGCCUUCGGUUAGGCACUCGUCCUUCUCUUCUGUGUUGCCAAGAACACCCAAGUGUUUUCUUCCUUCUGGCUGCUUUCUCAGCGCCCAAUCCCCAUUCCCCAUGGAACUCCGUUCAUCGUCCUGCAUUCUUGUUACAUAUCACAUUGUAUCGUCGUGAUGAAGAAAUACUUUCGAUGGACGGACGACGAAACAGUGGUGGUGUUGAAUCACAUUGAUUGGUGCCUUGUCAACAAACAGGAUUACUGGCAGACGAUACACAGCAAGUUCAACGAGGAGACCGGUCGAGUGCCCGAUGAGUCGCAGAUUGUGACCCGUCUCAAGGCUAUCUGUAAAGAGCAGACCCCGAGAAUCAAUUACAAGCAUUUGAUAGACCACGGUACUGUGGUACUGGAGGACGCCACGAUAGCCGGGCCCAUCUUAGAGGCCAUGAAAUACGGUAGAGAGAAUCUGAGCCUCGACGUCUUGGAGAAACGUAGAAAAGAGAUUCCACCAUCGCAGGCCGGCUUAUCGCAGCGCAGCAAACGGCAGACAAAGAAGAAGCGUCGAUUGACUAAUCACCGACAUUCGUUGCAUGAUAGACCUUCUGGCUCAAGAGAGAACAGUGGUCUCAUCAUCCAUCACAGUCAGGUCGAUCGAAAACGAAAACGUGCAGACAGCGUUCCUCACAAUGACAUCGCGUCCUCUCUAGACCUUUCCAACCCCGAGACUGUGACAUUGGGGAUGACGACAGAAUCAGACCUACCAGCGCAACUCGGAAGUUCGGAAUCGGGAAAUACUGUAUCGCACCUACACAAACGGCUGGAGGCCCUUGAAGGGGAAGUCAAGUCCAUGUCCGAACUGGGACAGAACACAGAACAAGCAUUGAAGAUGGCUAUCCAAUGCAUAACUUGGGUCUUUCGGGAGCAAGUUGGACCUAAGAACAAGAUACCUGAAGAGAUCUUCUCAACAAUGCAGCUUGUUGAGAGAACCAUCAAACGGGAUCCGAGCGAUGCUUUGGAUAGGCUUAUCAAGGACUUGCAGCAAGCGAACGUCGUUCGCCAGCGAUAUCAAGAAACCGUCAGAGAUCUGAUUGGGUCACGCGACUACGCGAAAAAGGUAGGAUUUCCACCACUGCCUCUCCCAUCUGAGCUCGCUGAAGAUUGGCGUCGCAUUCGAUCACCACUGAAAGAAACCAUGGUGGGCACUGGAGCACAUGUUUCGCGUAUGAAAUUGGCUAUGACUGGCUCUUUCUCGAACACACAUCUGGAUGAUCUUGCCAAAUGCAGGGAGGGGGGAGCAUACGAAGCACAACCGUGGAUAUCUACACGUCAAUUGUAUCUGGACAAUCCGACCGCAGCGCAGCAUCUACUGGCAGUUGUCUUGUGCCAGUUGCUGUUCUGCGGGACUGAGACCAUGUGCGAAGUGACGCCUGCAAGUCGCGCGUUCCAGAUUUAUAGAACUGUAACAGAAGACAGAGAAGAGAUAAGGCGUAUCGACACAAUUGCCUUCCAGCUUUUCACCAACCAGCCUUCCUUCGUGACCGAGGUCCUUCCAGAUCGUAUCCAGAAAAUGCGAGAAUGCCUUGAAGCCUGCGCUAGAGAAUUCACCACUGGUGUUAGCUGCAACUCUCCAUUUCGUCAUCUCGAUUUCAUGUCGGUUGAAGCGGUCAAACAUGCCCUCAGCCUAAAACGAGCACUGAUGUUGAGCGUUUUCGAAUAUGAAAUCCAUUUCGCUACUCCUGGAAUGGACUUCGAUCCAGUUUGGAUGGAUGCAGAGGAUGAUAAUGGUGUCAGCUUGGACCCGCUAACAUGUGCUAAAAUGAAAGUAUCAAUUUGCGUGUUCCCUGGACUUGUGCAGGCACCAACGAAGAAGCUGCCUGGAGACGCCGACGUCUCUGCAGCACUAUUGCAGGCGAAGAGCUUCUUUCCUCCGCCUCAAAAGGCAUGCCCAUCUCUGGAACAUGACAUAAUCAUCGCGAAGGCUAUUGUGUUGGUGCACGACGAAAACAUCGACGCUACCUAGACUGAGCACAUAUAUGAAAGACUUUGACGGGCGAGGAGGGUAGGGAAUGCCUUGUUAUGUCUGCGUUGCUCGGGAG